AUGUCCAUAUUAUUGAAUGACAAAAUCAUCGUUCGUGAUUGUUGUAUUUUACGUCUAUUUCAUCAAUUAUUAUCAUAUCCAAAUGUGUUAUUAAAUUCCAAUGAAAAUGAAUCAUCAUCAUCAUCAUCAUCAUUGCCGGCAAAAGAAGCAUCGAAUUUAUAUCAUAUAAUUAUAGCCAAUUCAACAACAUCGUUACCAUUAAUAUUGGUUACAGCCACCAAUGAUGGUAAUAUUGUCAGACAUCAUUAUUUUAAUCAAACAGCAACGGCUGAAUUAUUGGAAUCGGUUACAUCAUCAAUAUUGUCAAAUGACACUGAAAAUAUUAUGAAUAAUGAUGAUGACGAUGACGAUGACGAUGAUGAAUAUGAAUAUGGUGGACAUUCAACUGAAAUGAUUGUAAUGCAGCCAUCAAUGAUACAUUUACGUUAUUUACAAUCAUCAUCAUCAUCAUCAUCAAAUAUUAAUAAUAAUCAAAGUGAUGAUAAUGAUAAUCAUUCAUCUAUAUCGAUAAAUCAUUUACCAACGGAUACAAUUCUUCAAUUGAUUGAAUCAAUGUAUUUGAAAACGAAUGAUAAAGAUGAUUAUGAUGAUGAAUAUGAUGAUGAUCAAUCAACGCAACAAGUACGAACAUAUGAAGAUAUCCAACAGGAAUGGAUACCAUCAUCAACGACAACAGAUGAUCCGAUGGAAUCUUUUUCAUCAUCAUCAAAUAAUGAUAAUAAUGAUCCAGAAUCUUCAUUACCAGAAUCAUUGAAAAAUAAUCAUUACAUACGUAAUAUAUUGGUCAUAAUAUCAUAUAGUAUGAUCAUGUUUUUAUCACUUUGUGGUAAUUAUCUUGUAUUGCAUGUAAUAUAUACAACACCAAAAUUACGUACAACAACGAAUAUAUUGAUUUUUUCAUUAACAAUAUCCGAUUUAAUAACCACUAUAUUCAAUAUACCAUUCAAUUGUGCACGUUUUCUAUUACGUAAUUGGCCAUUUCCAGAUUCAUUUUGUAUCAUUAUGCCAACAUUACAGGUGACCAGUGUUUAUGUUUCAACAUUAACAAUGGCAGCUAUUUGUUUACAUCGUUAUCGUUCAAUAUUAGGCACAACCGGUGGUGGUGGUGGUCGAAUGGACAUUUCAUCACGUAUCGGUUUCAAUCAUAUUACACAUUCAAUGAGUAGUGUUCGUAUAAAAAUGUCUAUACUAUUCAUAUGGAUCAUAUCGAUAUUGCUUGCAUUGCCACAUACAUUAUUUAAUCUUGUUGUAUGGAUUAAAUUACCGAAUGGUAAUCUGAUAUUACGUUGUCGUGCCCAUUAUCCACAAUCAAUUCGUGAACAGAUGCCAUUAUUAUUAUCAUUAUUGGCAACAUUCACACAAUUUUUAUUACCAUUAGGCAUGACAACAAUUUUAUAUAGCCGUAUUGGCCGCAUUAUUGCACAACAAGGAAAAUUAGCAAAACAUUAUUGUAAUGAAUUAAAUCGUCGUAUAGUGGACGCAAAACGUAAACGUAUCACAAUGCUUGUGUUGAUUGUUGUCGGUUUUUUAAUCACAUGGUUACCAUUAACCAUGUAUCAUUUGUUGAUUGAUUUUCAUAUUGUUUAUUUUCAUUGGAAUAUAUUUCUUACAUUACAUAUUUGGGCAAUGACAUCUGUAUGUUAUAAUUCAUUUAUAUAUUGUUUUAUGAAUGAAGAUUUUCGUAAACGUUCCAAACAAAUUAUUGCCAAACAUCAACGUUCAUUUAUGUCAUUUUGUUUUAUUUUUUUAUUUAUAAAUCGUAAAUCUGAACGUCAUCUUGGUGGUGGUGGUGGUGGUGGUGGUGGUGGUGGUGGUGGUGGUGGUGGUGAUGGUGCUGGUGCUGGUACAACAUCCACCGGUUCAGUAUCAGCACAAAUAGUCAACUGUCAACAACAAACACAGCAACAAAAUAAUGAUGAUUGUCAUCAUUGUGAUCAUAAUGAUCAACUUGAACAUCAGAAUAAAAAAGAUGGUCAUAUUUUUCGUACAUCAAUCAUUAGACAUGUAAAUAAUGAUGAUGAUAAUAAUAAUGAAAAAAAAGAAAAAGAAAAAGAAGAUGAAGAUGAUGAACCACAAUUAUCCGAUUAA